GCCAAUAAAGUGCGCGGUUGAUGACCUUAACUCGUCAUUGAGGCGUUUCAAAACAGAGAAAAGAUAAUUUUUUGCAAAACCUGUGGAAAAUAAAUAAAUAACUAUCAUAUAAAGCGCUAACUUGGACAAGAAGACUGGCCCACUGUUGCAGCUACUCAUCCAGUUUGGUUGUCGUGAGAUAAAGGCAUGAUUAACGUGUUACAAUGGUGUAGAGAUCCGAUCGGUUUCGAGAACUCAUAAAAAAUUUGGAAGUUGAAAAUGUCGGGAACUUUGGAAUCUGUUAUCGUCCCAACCACGCCAUUCGAUGACCAAAAGCCAGGCACGAGCGGUUUGAGGAAAAAAGUGAAGGUGUUUAUGCAAAAGAACUACACUGAGAACUUCGUUCAAUGCAUUUUGGAUGCCCUGGGCGAAAAAUUAAAAGGAUCCACUCUUGUUGUGGGAGGCGAUGGGCGCUACUUUUCCAAGCCUGCCAUUAACACGAUUAUUCGAAUCGCAUCGGCAAAUGAGGUUUCCAAACUGAUCAUUGGCCAACUAGGGAUUUUGUCCACCCCUGCUGUAUCAGCUUUGAUCAGACAGGAAAAAGUAUUGGGUGGAAUUGUCUUAACGGCAUCGCACAACCCUGGUGGAAUCCGCAACGACUUCGGAAUCAAAUAUAACAUCGAAAAUGGGGGUCCUGCACCCGACCAGAUUACCAACACCAUCUACGAACUGACCAAGAAGAUCACCCAGUAUAAAACCACGCCAUCUUUGGAAACAGAUCGCAUUAUCGAUGUUUUGGGGACGCGUACGUUCAAUGUCGAGGGGAGGACAUUUACGGUCGAGAUAAUCGAUUCCUCCAAAGAAUACGUAGCUUUAAUGAAGAAUAUUUUCGACUUCCACAAACUCAGGGCACUAAUCAGAGGCACCGACAAACGGCCAGCAUUCCAUAUUUUACUAGAUUCCAUGAAUGGAGUAACUGGCGUCUAUGUGCGAAAUAUCUUCGUGGAAGAAUUGGGCGCCUCCCCAGACAAUAACGUUCGGCGUGUCGUUCCUUUGGAUAACUUUGGGGAAAUUCAUCCAGAUCCCAAUCUAACCUACGCCAAGGACCUGGUAAAUGCCCUGAAAGCGGAUUCCAGCUAUGAUUUUGGAGCUGCCUUUGAUGGAGAUGGCGAUAGAAACAUGAUAUUAGGAAAGAACGCAUUCUUUGUUACUCCCAGCGAUUCACUAGCCGUGUUGGCAAAUAAUCUGGAAUGUAUUCCCUAUUUUAAGAAGAAUGGCAUCAACGGAUUUGCCAGGUCCAUGCCUACGGCCGCUGCUGUCGACAGAGUUGCCGCCAAAUUGGGCAAGGAAAUAUUUGAAGUUCCCACCGGUUGGAAGUACUUUGGCAAUCUGAUGGAUGCUGGCCGUUUAUCGCUAUGUGGCGAGGAAAGUUUCGGCACUGGCUCCAAUCACAUUAGGGAAAAAGAUGGCUUGUGGGCUGUGUUGGCGUGGCUUUCGAUUAUUGAGCACAAAAAUAUGGGCGUGGAGGACAUACUGAAGGAGCACUGGAAGCUGUACGGACGAAACUAUUUUACCAGGUACGACUAUGAGGAAUGCGAAACUGAAUCAGCAAAUCAACUGAUGCAGCAUCUGGAAGCUUUAAUUGCUGACGGCAGUUUUGUGGGAAAAUCCUUCUGCUCUGGUGGAAAAAGCUACACAGUAGCCAAAGCCGACAACUUUUCUUAUGUGGAUCCUAUUGAUAAUUCUGUAGCUAACAACCAGGGAAUUCGGAUACUUUUUGAUGAUGGUUCCCGGUUGAUCUACCGAUUAUCAGGCACAGGCAGUAGCGGCGCGACUAUCAGAAUUUACAUUGAGUGCUAUGAGAAGGAAGACGUUUUGACCGAUGCACAAAUUAUGCUGAAACCUCUAGUGAACAUUGGAUUGGAAAUUUCGCAGCUAAAGAAAUUCACUGGCAGAGAAGAGCCUACCGUCAUUACAUAAGCAUUUUGCCAUGAGCUCGUAUAUGUAGAUACUUGAAACAGUCCUUACAAAUGAUGUUUUUAUAUCGUAAGAACUCGAAACAUGCAUCCUAAUAAAUCCAUAUUUGCAAAUUACUUAGAUUAACGUCUGAUUUUACAAAAUAGCUAGAGAGAGAUCUUUUAUUAUAUUCUAUUGAAAUGUUAUAUUUAUUGUACUUUUAUAUUGUUUUAUAGUAAUUUUUAACAAAUUGCCCUACACAUGUUAAUUAAUUGAAGUAAUUUAAAAGCGCGCAUUUUGCACUAUUGUAUGCCGACAUUUGCAGAAAAUACAGAUUUUUGUUAUCGUUUAAA